AUGUUGGCAACGCAGGCGUCAAAUGGCGAUUUGAGGGUUUGGAGUGUGGCAAAGCCCCCCCGGGAAAGAGUCGCCCAGGGUAAUUCGAGUCUUGAAACGUAUCUCGAGGGUGAAACAUGGUCAUGGGACGUUCGAACCAAGCACGUCACCUACGAGCCAAUUCCCACAGUAGAAGGCGUACGGGGUCUCGCAAGCUAUGGUCCUACAGCCACACUCUUUACUCUUGGUCCCCAAGACACUGUACAACAGUAUGACUUGGAUAAUCCGGCAAUGGUUGCAAAUGUACAGCAUCUCCGAUUAAGUUCUCGAUCAGGAACAUCAGAAGGAAGUCGGUCACGGACAAUGUCUCCCAGGAGCUUGCAAGACGCCCCGGAGAUUCGGGAACGAGGAUCUGGAAGACGAACGCCAUAUGAUACAAAUGGGAUCGACAGCGCGAAGCAGCAAAGAUCGGACCUUGUGAGUCCUGCUUCAUCAAGGAGCCGAACAGAAUCUGUUAGCUCUAAAGCCUCAUCUGGGAGGUACAAGGUCGAGCGACCUUUUUCACCACCUACCCGAUCUGCUCAGAGUGGUACUUCCUUUUCGAUGACAUCCAUCGGUCGCGAUACACCGCAACCAUCCGCCACCUAUCCAUAUGCUUCAUCCGUGUCAAUGUCAUCGGUAAAGAGUUCUCGUGUUGGGUCUCGACUAAGAAACGAAGUCCAGAGGAGCCCCGCAGAGAAGAGUGUUGUCGACUUGUUUCCCUUUAUCCGAGCACGACUAAAUGAUGUUCCUUAUAAAUCACAUCCGCCUAUCGAUGAGAACCAUCUGACACCCGAAGAUUUACGACAGCAAAUGUUGAAUGUUGUAUUUGGCUGGGAAGGAGAUACCCAAGACCUUAUUAGAGAUGAGUUGGCUCGACACGCACCGGAAAGCCAAAGUGCCGUUCUUUUGGCACAAUGGCUUGGUGAGACCGAUACGGAUCAAAUGGCUGGCAUGAUCAAGCCAGGGCAAGUGACUGGAUUUGACUGGAUGGUUCUGGCUCUGAGCCAAAUGAGUCGACAAGCGCAAGCGAACAAGGUUGGACAGGCAUUCGUGCAAAAGCUGCUAGAAAUGGGAGACAUCCACACCGCAGCCUCUAUCCUAUUAGGUCUCGGUGACAUCAACGACGCUAUUGAGGUCUAUGUCUCUCAAAAUCAUUUCAUGGAAGCAAUCUUGAUGACCUGCCUCUUCCUGCCAUCGGACUGGCAACGUCAGUCAUACCUUGUUCGUCGAUGGGGAGAGUAUGUUGUUUCGCACUCCCAACAACAACUCGCAAUCAGGUGUUUCAUGUGCACUGGCGCUGAGCCUACUGAGCCUUGGACCUCUCCGGCUGCUCAACAGGCUGCCUCAUUUGCAGAGGUGAUUAGAGGAAAGUCACCACUUGCCUCCCCUGACAUCAAUCAGCCUCAUAGCGCAGGCCUACUCGUUCCACCUCCACCUCGCCCAAGAUCAGCUUCCAACCAACAACGUCAAGCUGGAAAAGGACCUGCUCUCAAGCUAAUCACAUCAUUCGACCCGCAGCCGCACAACCGCUUCAAAUUCCCAGGGUUGAAAUCUGAUGAUCGAACUCCGACAAAUGCACCUGGCGUCACCCCAAUAGCGGAAUCAGCCGUGGCUGACUCGGCUCUGUCUCCUGGGGGCCUUGGGUCGUAUAAGCUCAAUAAUAUCCAGAGUUUGAGCCAAGCCAUGACUUCACGAACAAAUACACCUUCCUUCAAUCGCCGACGCCUACCUUCAAUUGGAGAGACUCCAGUGGAUGUCCAUCCUCCGACAUUCUCUCGAUCAGGAUCUUACAACAAUGCUAGCGGUUAUGGCUCAACAUCGGAGAAUGAAGACACAAGCGGCCACGAACAAAGUCGAGAGGAACAAAGUGAUAGUGGCUUGUUGACACUUUCAGCAACCGUAUACAAGCCUGGACAGGACUCGUUGAAGCCAAGUCCUCAGACUGCUGUACAGGCCAUGGACAGAUUUGCGUCCAUCAAGGGACUUCCAUCUCCCGCGGCCGGUGUUUUUGAAGCUUUGAAGGAUCAUUCUGACCUCCGGAAUGGCUCGCGUGAUCGCAAGCCAAAUGGACUCCAGAUCGACCUGGUAGAUGCUGAAGAGGGUCAGCCAGAUCAAAAUGACCAGUCAGGUUUACUCCACAGUGCAAAGAGUGCCCAUAGCUAUGCUUCCACAACCAAGAGCCCGAGUGUUCGAAGCAUUGAUCAAUAUAUCAGCAGUCUGGACGAGGCAAGCUACCACGUCCAUGCAAAGAAAAGUCAUGGUCAUCGCUCAAACGGCCGCGGGAGACGAAACACAGAUGAAACUGCCAGCCAAGGCUCACGCCCUCAUCACUCUCGGGAAGCUUCCCAGGAAGUCCGUGGCAGGAAUGAGCGUAGAUGUAUACAGCCAGCCAAGCGAUCACCCUCCUCGCCAGUGCCCAUGUCACCUGAAGAGCUGGCCCAGUAUGAAACCGCAGGCACCGAAAGGGUCGAUGAACCCGGAAAGAAGUCACGCUCUCGCGCUAGGAGUUCAAGCAAGAUGAGAAAUCCAGGGUCACGCAGUCGCCAACGCUCUUCUAGCAAACACGCGACGAAUCGCGCUGGGAAAGAGGCAUCAUCCCGUGGCCGUAGUGUUGAUCGUCAAGGAUCUACUAUGAGAUCACCCUCUUCGCCGCUUCCCAUGUCGCUGCCUAUGACACUUCCCAACCACGAGCCUGUCAAAUCGAAUGAGACAGAUGAUCCACUUCGAAUUGUUGCCGGGAAUCGGGAGCGGCUUCGCUCACAGCACAGAAGUGCCAGUCGCCGCCGUGCAGAGAAAGGAACUAGUUCUAGAAGAGAAGGGUCCACGGAGUCCAGACAUCGACCUUCCUACAGCCAACCGGAGAUUCGACAAAUUCCGGAGCCAGAAAUACCUGCUCAUCCCGCGGGGUUUGAAUUGCUGAGCAGCAAGACAUUUGGUCAGGAAGACACCUUCGUCCCUGUGAACAGCCAGGACGUAUACGAUGCCGACGCCGUUGCUGCCGCCGAUGAGGCCCAAGACAUAGUGUCUCCCAUUGUAUCCCCAACGACUCCGUUCGUUAGCCUGGCUGAGAGAAAGAGGAGAGAGUUGGCAGCUGCAGAACUAGAAGCACGCCGCCUCUCACUUUCCCGCAACCCUUCUGCUCCCAACAUCCCCUUCCCGGGUGAUCUGCAGUCCGCUAGAAGCCCAGUCUCUGUUCGAAGUCCUGUGGAAAGCCCUCCUCCAUUUUCGGGCAACUCCUACUUCCCUCGAGUUCCAUCUCGAAACAACAUCCCUCCGAGCAAGAAUUCGCCAGAAUACCAAAGUGGAUCCGACUCCAGCUCUGGUCGCUCUGGUCCUCCUCUUGGACUCCCAGCAACACCACGAGCAAUGCGACACCCCAAAUACGGUGGUAAUGGCAUCGAGCAAGAGCGUCCACCUUCUGUGCCUGCACUUCCCACGGAUAGCUAUGGCGCAAUUCUCCUCUCCGAUGCACGAUAUCAAGGCGAAGCUGAAAGAAUUGGUCGGUCAAUGUCAGUCCCCAUGCCAGAAGGCCAAUUCAAGAAAUCUGCACCGGUGCCAACGGACAUUCCAAUGCACCCACGCUUCAACCCCAAUCUCCCUCGAAGCCGUUCAAACAGCCGUAGCCGCAACAUGGGUCAUCGACGCACGAGCUCCGGUGGGUAUAUCUCUGGUACAUCACCGAGCGUCACGGUGAGCAUCGAGGAGACAAUCGAGGCCGCAAUGCAGAGGGGACCAUCCGCACAUUAUAUUGAGACCAUCCCACCUCCACCUCCACCUCCGAUCCUCCCAGAGCUCCAACAUCUCAACACACCCCCUCCCCCACCUCCGAUCCCCGGAUCCAACGACCCCGUCUCGCCUCGUGAUUCCUCUGCUACCAUUGACGUUGCUAUUGAAAACGUAGACAUGGGCCGCUUACUCCCUCGUGCAAUGACCGCCGCUCCAACAUUGAAUGCAAGCGAGGCCCGUCAGAGUAUCGGCCGGCGCAUGUCAUUCGAUCACCGGCGCAACCGCAGCUCCAACGAGAGCUUCACCAACAAGCUGCGCAGUCUAACCCGCAUGCGCAGUAACAGCCGAAGCGUGGAGCCGUGGACAACACACCAAUACGAGAACGAAAUGCCAUACGAAAGUGUGCAGUCGCAUACUCUGGCACCCGGACAGAGUUACGGCAUCUGA